UAUAAAAUGCUUUGUGGCAGAAGCAGUUGGAAUCAUCAGAAAAGACUGAAAAGUAUCUUCAGAAGGAGCUUAAUUUUGUCCAUUUCCAGAAGUCCAUUUCACGAAAAAACAUGAAAAGCCUUUAUUAUAUGGUGGGACUUCUUUUUAUGUUACUGCAAGGAAGUUUACAAAGUCCUAUCCAGGAAACAGAGGACAAGUCCAGAUCAGUCAAAGCUGCAAGGACUGAAGCACUAGAUGAUUCAGAUCAGCACAAUGAAGUUAAACGUCAUUCACAAGGCACAUUUACUAGUGAUUACAGCAAGUACCUAGACUCCAGGCGGGCUCAAGACUUUGUCCAGUGGUUAAUGAACUCAAAAAGAAGCGGAGGAAUAUCAAAGCGCAAUGUUCAAUUUGAAAGGCACGCAGAAGGCACAUAUACCAAUGAUGUAACCCAGUUCUUGGAAGAAAAAGCAGCCAAAGAAUUUAUUGACUGGUUGAUAAAAGGAAAACCAAAAAAACUGAGAUUAUCAAGACACGCAGACGGAACCUUCACUAGUGAUAUGAGCAGCUAUUUGGAGGAGAAAGCAGCCAAAGAAUUUGUUGAUUGGCUAAUUAAAGGAAGACCAAAAAGAAAUUUCCCAGAUCUUUCAGCAGAAGAGAUGGACAGACGGCAUGCUGAUGGCAGUUUUACCAGUGACUUCAACAAAGCCCUCGAUAUAAAGGCUGCUCAAGAGUUUUUGGACUGGAUAAUUAACACCCCAGUUAAAGAAAGGGAUUUACUGGAAGAGCAAUAGAAAUACAGAAGAUCUUCAACAAGGAUUCACGCGGCUGUCACUUGAAAAAUGAUGACUUUGUGUUCUGUAAAUUCAAGCAGGUGUAUCAUAAAGCCAUACAGUAUAGCUUUGCAUGCAAAGUAAAUGAAAUUUCCAGUAGUGUUUUCUUGUUGGGGAAUUCCACAAAGAGAAGAUUCUGCUUAUAAAUGUGUCUCUACCGUAACAGGUUUAAUGCUUUCCUUCACGUUCGGAUUUGCACUGCACAAUGAAAAGAAGCUUUGCCGAUCUCCCGUGAACGAUGAGGGCUUAAAUCCAGAAGUGCCAUUCUCACGCCCACUUAUUUAAAAAAGUUAUUUAAAAAAAAAGAUAGAAAAAAUAUAACUUGUUUAAAUUAAAAUAAAAUAUAUACCUUAUUUUUCUAUGAAAAUGAACUGUAUAUAGAAUUUACUCCAAUCAGUCGUGUCUUAGAAAAAGGGUAACCCUGUUUGAAAUGUUUAUUACAAGUGCUAAGCUUUCGGAAUAUUAACUAGUAGCCUUAAAUAAAGUUUUUUAAGCGUCA